GGAGGGACUUCCUUCAUGACUGCUGUUGGAUGCGUUGGAUAGCAGCUACUUAUGAGGUGACACGUAACUAAAAUUAAAGGUGCAAUGUAGGCAUUGACCGUCAUCUCGUUAAUUACUUUUCAUACAGUUGUACAAAGCCGUGCACUUGAAAUAUCAAACUUAAAGACCAGGAUAAACUCGUGCAAUUCGACUACUCAACAGUUAGGCUACGUGUGUGAGGUCAGGCGAAAAUCUGAGCAUAGUCUUUGAAGUAGCAAAAGGAGUUCGUUGAUGUGUUUUACAUGCACUAAAAUGCCUAAUCUUCACCAAACAUGUUCCUACACUUGGUAGGCGAUCAUUUCGUUUGAUUUGUGUGUGCAAAAAUGCCACGGGAGUAAAGCGUAACAAGACCAAAUUUGGACCUACCAAGAAAGUUUCUGCCGAGGUGACGGGGCUUGCCUACUACGCAGGCGGCAAGGAGGGGAAAUGGGUAACGGAGUGUGUUCUCGGAGGCAACGGAAAAUCUUCCAGUCUCUAUUGCUGGUGACUGUGGUCUUCGGGAUCAUUUACGGGGCGAUGGUAUCAUACGAAAUGCACAAACAGUUGAAGAGGACGGAGGCGCUGGCACUGAAGUACCAACAGCACCAAGAAUCGCUGUCAGCGCAGCUUCAAGUGGUGUACGAGCACCGCUCCAGACUAGAGAAGUCACUGCAGAAGGAGAGAGUUGAACACAAGAAGGCCAAAGAGGAUUACCUGGUUUAUAAGUUGGAGUCUCAGCAGUCUCUGAACAAGGAGAAGCAAGACACCAGCAGUAGAUUCAACUCCCUCCACGUACAGCAUCAGAUGCUAAAGAACCAGCACGAUGACUUGAAGAAGCAGUACUAUGAGCUGCAGGAUCAGCACCAGAUCCAGGGAGAAGACCACGGCCGAGCCCUGGAGGAGCACAAGGAGCGCUAUGAGAAGCUGCAGCAGACCAAGGACCUGGAGAUGUCCAAGCUCAAAGUAGAGAAUGUGUACAACCUGCGGGAGGAAAAUAAACAGCUAAGGAAGGCUCACCAGGACAUCCAUAUUCAACUGCAGGACGCACGUAUCCAGCACAUGGACCUGAAAGCUGCUCACGACCAGCUGGCACUGACGCUGGAAGACCACAAGAGUGCCCUGGCCACUGCUCAGAUGCAGGUAGAUGAGUUCAAGAAGUUGAAGGAGACCCUAAACAGAAUGCCCAGUCUGAAACACGCUGACCAGAACCAUCCUCAGCAACAAGGUCAGCCUGCAGCCUUAUUGGACCAGGCCCAUGUACAGGACCCACCCCCAGCCCAGCAGGAAGCCUUAUUGGCUGAGACCCACAAGGAGGAAUAUGCCCAUGAGGAUGAUACACAAUCAAAAUUGGACCUGCAGGACAAGGGGGAGGGGCCUAAGAUGGAUCCCCAGUCUCAGCUGACUAUAUCCCACGAUGCUUUGCCAGAGAAAGAAGGGGAUGUGGAGGGAGAGGGGGAAGCGGAGAGAAGGAGAGAGCUAGCAGAAGAGGAGAUGGAGCAGGCAGGGCAGCCCCAGAAGCUGGAGGAGGAGUCUGACCAACCCCAGGAUGAGGAGGAGGAGGGGGUGGAGCUAGAGCACGAGCUGCCAGAUGACAAUGCUCUUGAUCGUCAGAGACGCCAACCACAACCGGACCCCCUGGUGGAGCUCCACCAUGAGGCCCACCUUCAUCAGGAGGCCCACUCUGAGGUGGAGCGUGUCAAGUCAGCCUAUGAGCAGCAGCAGGAGCAGCAACGCCUGGAGGCCCAGCGGGCCCAAGAGCAGAGGGCGCUGCAGUUGCACCAGGAGGCCCUGCAGGCCCAGAGGGAGAAGGAGCAGAGGGAGAGGGAGCAGCAUCUGAAGGAGCAGCAGGAGAAGGAGGCACAGCACAACCAGGAGGCCGACAGACAGGAGCAACUCCUCAGGGAGGAGCACCUCAGGAGGAGGAGCCAGUACGAGAACAUGGACAACGACAUCGCCCAGGGAGAGGAUGACCCCCACGCAGAUGAGGAGGAAGAGAAGGACACACCUUUGCAACCUGAGGAGGGAGAUGAGAAGCAUGAUGAAGAGGGGCACCGAGUACCAGUACAUCAGGAGGGGGCAGUAGAGGGGGAGGUGGACCCCGAGGACGACCCUAACAACCAGGGGGAGGAUGAAUUUGAGGAGGCAGAGGAGCAGCAGCCACAGCACAGAGCAGGGGAGGAGGAGGAGGAAGUGGGGGAUCUGCCCAAACACACAGACACACACCACAACCAGCCUGCUGUAGAUGAGGAACUGGUGGUGUGGGAGGAGGGAAAAAGUCAAAAGAAAGUUGGGAUGGCGGUUAACCCAGACCAGCAAGAAGAUACUCUGGAUGAGCAGGAGGAGGGCGAGGACGAGGUGCUGGAGGAUCUGGCUGGUGCUCAGAAGAGAGAAGACGAGGUAGAGGAGGAAGAGGAGGAAGGAGACCCCUACAAUGAAGAGAACCUUGAACAGGAUGAAGUGAAGGAGCAAGCCGAGAAGGAGGCGGAGCACCGAAAAGAAACAGAGAACGAUGAGGAGAACUAUGAAGAGGAGGAGGAGGAGGUUGUUGUUGGUCGGGGCAAGCACACCAAUCGCAGGGCAGAGAUGUGAGACAGACAGGGAUGUUGACCUAUAGCUGUCUUUUUUCAUUACCCUUGGGACCUAUCAGAGGCCUUGUUUUACACUCAUCCAGAAAGGAGUAAACUGUCAUCCACUUGACGUUCUGAACAGAGCAAUGGGAAGGAUCUACCUGGAAACUGGAUUGUUCUCUUGUUUAAGUGGGACCGGAACUGAUUAACUUCUUUUAAGGGGAUGGACAGAUCCCUCCAGGCUCAAAGGAAAAAAAUAUUUUCUGUUCAUCUAUAUAUCUGUUUGUCUUUCUGUCUGUAAGAAUGUAAUAUUAGUGUUUUGACGUAAAAAGUGUUUGUGUGCCCACAAAUACACAACAUAGUUGCUAAGCUUUUUAUACUUGUUUUUUAUGCAAAUGUUUUCUACUCAAACGUUUUCUACUAUCUUUCACAUUCCAAUCAAAUGAAAAUGUUUCAUUUAUUUAUUGUUAUCCCAAUAUUGACAAUCUUUAAGGGUGGAAGAUAUCUUUUUUUGUCAGAGGAAUUUUAGCCCAUAAAAAAGGUGUGGAUAAUUUUUUGACAUGGUGUCAUAAAUGUAUAUCCCCAUUGUAAAUCCCAAUCUGACAAAAAUACACAAUCGUGUUUCAUUUAA